AUGAAUUUCAUCAUUCCAAUCAGUUUAUGUGACUGGAGUCCAGUUAUUCAAUCAAUUCAGAUAAACCGAACGCUCAAACAUAUCGGGUUUCGUAGUUGUGAUAUUUCCCAUUCAGAAUGCCCAGUUACCAAGCCUCGCCGUCCGGCGCCAGCCUGGAUAUCGAACCCGAAAAUUCUACGAUCCAUCUGCCAAGCCGUUGCUUCUUCUCUACAAAUCACAACUGCCCUGGUGUUUCUGGAAUUAAAAAACAUCCCAUUAAUCCAGGCAGAUGUGAACUGUCUUUGCAAAGGCAUUGCCAACAACCGAACACUUCGACAUCUCUCUUUGAACGGCUGUCCAAUAGGCGAUACAGGCAUUGCAGAAAUCUGUCGAGCCCUCCGUCACGCCCCUGAUCUUGCGACGAUGAAUAUUUCCGGUUGUCAAAUUACGCAGAUCGGAGCAGCUCACAUUGCAGAACUGAUAAAA